AUGUCUGAAAAAUCGUUUGAAACUGCAAUUAAACGAUUAUUACAAAGGUUUACGGAUUUGCCAAUUUCUCGACCAUCAAAUUUAGUCGAUAAUGUCACAAUGGCACAGUUUAAAGUAAGUUUUUUCUCACCCAAUACAUUUUUUCAUAAAAAUCAAAUUUUAGGAGCUUGCCAUCAAAGAUACAACAAGUUAUAUGAAUGUGUUAACUGAAGUUGAAGAAUAUGUCAACGAAUACAAAUCAAUUCUUCAAAUGGAAAAAGAACUGAAGGCUAGAAAAGCGAAAUUCUUCGAAAAAACGCAAGAAGUUGAGAAAUCUUUGGAUAAUUUCGAAAAAUCGGCUACAGAGGUGAAGGAAAAGCUGGAAAAACACGAUUAUAUGUUUCUCAAGGAGAAUAUAGUGAAAGAUGAGGAGAAAAUUCCAGUUUCAGCCAAAAAACCGGCGGCAAUGUUUGUAGAGCCCACUUAUUCAACUAGACCUAUCCGGAAUAUAGAAAAAGAAGAGGAGAAGAAAGAAAAUCAGAAUCAGAAAAUGAUGACAGCAUUAGAUCAAUCGAUAUUAACAUCAAGUAAGGGUUUUCGGAAGAAAAUACCAUUUUUUAAUUUCAAAUUUUCAGAUGACAUAGCUAUUGAUGAAAAAUCAGUGGCGCGUCGUCUUCAAUUCGACGACGAAGAUGACGAUGAUGAUGAAAUCGCCAAACCAACACCGAAAAAACUCAAGGAAUCGCUAAAUUUUCAAGAAUCUCCCGUUUUUACAUCGAAAUAUGCUCAAAACUUGAAAAAAUGA